AUGCGUUGCCCUCUACUACUGCUGUGGCUUGCGUUGUCGCUAGUACACAACACGCACGGACAUGCGAGGACCUUCACACGCUGCCAGCUGAUGAGGGAACUACUCCGAUACAACUUCUCAAGAGCAACGGUACCUUACUGGGUAUGCCUGAUUGAGCACGCCAGUGGGAGAACAACAGAGAAAGUAACCAACCAUAACAACUCCUACACCAGCUUCGGACUGUUUCAGAUAAACAACAAAGAGUGGUGCAAGAAGGGGAGAAAAGGAGGCCGCUGUCAUAUUAAGUGCGAAGAUCUCCUGAAUGAGGACCUGGCCGAUGACGUGCGCUGUGCCAAAAACAUCUACGGCAGAGUCGGCUUCAAGGCCUGGCCCGCCUCCUUCGCCUAUUGUAAAGAAAAGAGCCUACCUGAUUUGUCUAGAUGUUAGAUAAUACUUAUUGUGUAGUGCACGUUG